AUGCUUGUGGCCGGUCCUGAUGAUCGCGAGGUGAUUCGUCAAACAAUUGGACAGAUUCGUGAACUCUACAAAGAAAUCGUACAAAUGCGUAUCGAGGAUCGUGCCAAGUACAGAGACAUGUGCGCCAGAUUGGAAAUUCUCGAAAGGGAUCGAUCGUCUCGUUUGAAGAAGCAUCGUCGUCUCGCGAAACAACAGGAACGUCUUCGUAGAAAAAAGGAAAAGGCGGCGGCGAAAAUUGGAACUCCAGCAGGUGCAUGUCCCGGAAGUCUUCCGAAGAAAACGCCUUCGAAAGUCGAUUCUGCAAGUCACGAUGGAACAUCGAAAACUGAUGAGAAUGGACCAAAUGAGGAGUGA